UUACCUGCAAACACAAUGAGGAAAGCAUACUCUGUCACAAGCUCUGGCAGCAGCACCAGGAGGACUUUUGCAGGACCAGGAAGCAGCUACUCCGUCAAAAGAACCAGUUACGGUGGUGUUGGCUCUAGUGCUGGUGCUAGUUUUAGUAUGUCUGCAAUGGGUGGUGGUUCUGGCUCUAGUUAUGGCUUUUCUUCUAGCCAAACAUCAGGCGGUUUUGUGCCCCCACCGAUCACAGCUGUCCAAGUAAACCAGAGCCUGCUGGCCCCCCUGAACCUGGAGAUUGACCCCACCAUCCAGGCUGUCCGCACCCAGGAGAAGGAGCAGAUCAAGACCCUGAACAACCGCUUUGCUUCCUUCAUCGACAAGGUCCGUUUCCUGGAGCAGCAGAACAAGAUGCUGGAGACCAAAUGGAGCCUCCUGCAGGACCAGACCACCACCCGCUCCAACAUCGAGGGCAUGUUUGAGGCCUACAUUGCCAACCUGCGCAGACAGCUUGACGGGCUGGGCAAUGAGAAGGGCAAGCUGGAGGGAGAGCUGAGGAACAUGCAGGGUCUGGUUGAGGACUUCAAGAGAAAGUAUGAAGAUGAAAUCACCAAACGUGCUGCUGCAGAGAACGAAUUUGUGUUCCUGAAGAAGGAUGUUGAUGCUGCCUACAUGAACAAGGUGGAGCUGGAAGCCAAGGCCGAUGCUCUUCAGGAUGAGAUCAACUUCCUCAGGGCCGUCUAUGAGGCUGAGCUUCGUGAGCUGCAGGGCCAGAUCAAGGACACCUCUGUCAUCGUGGAGAUGGACAACAGCCGUAACUUGGACAUGGACGCCAUUGUGGCUGAAGUGCGUGCUCAGUACGAGGACAUUGCCAACCGCAGCAAGGCUGAAGCAGAGACCUGGUACAAACAGAAGUUCGAGGAGAUGCAGAGCUCUGCCGGACAAUAUGGUGAUGACCUGCGCACAACCAAGGCUGAGAUUGCUGAGCUGAACCGCAUGAUCUCCCGUCUUCAGAAUGAGAUUGAGGCUGUCAAGGGACAGAGGGCCAACCUUGAGGCUCAGAUUGCAGAAGCUGAGGAGCGUGGUGAGCUGGCAGUGAAGGAUGCCAAGCUCCGCAUCAAGGACCUGGAGGAUGCUCUGCAGAGAGCCAAGCAGGACAUGGCCCGCCAGGUGCGCGAAUACCAGGAGCUGAUGAAUGUCAAGCUGGCUCUGGACAUCGAAAUCGCCACCUAUAGGAAACUGCUGGAAGGAGAGGAGACCAGACUGGCCAGUGGAGGCUCCAGUGCAACCAUCCAUGUGCAGCAGACCUCUGGAGGUGGUGGAUUCUCCAGCUCAAGCUCCAGUGGGGGAUUCAGCUAUGGUGGUGGUUAUGGCAGUGCUCUUACCAAGUCCACAGUCUCAACCACCAGUUCCAGGAGAGUCUAUUAAAAAGAUAACCUGUCCUUCUUCCUGUUCCACUCUUAAAUUUGAUCUGUACCCUUUCAUGGUGAUACACUAUACUGUUUCUUAAUGUACAAGAAAAGGGUCAGGAAAAAGAAAGUUUUGAUGGAUCCUUAAAACUAAGCAAGGAAAGCAUUUGAAAAUCUCUAUCUUGACAACUUCGACUUUUUGUACUGUAUCUGACAAGGGUAGGAUGUUUUCAGUUGACAUAUUCACUCCUACAUUUGAGCACUGAUUAGUAAGUGGAAGAAGAAGUCAAGUAACUUUGAACUGAUUGGCUUCUGGCUUGUUCUUUUUCCUGUCAGAUAUUUCCCUGCUUAGUUUUGCCUUAUUUUGCCUUCAAGAUAAAACUAUGUUGAAACCAGAUUUAUUUUGUUAAAGUCUUUUUAUCAACAUGACUGAUGAAUGUUGCAACACAUCAAAUACAUCUAAAUAAAGUAAAUCUGAGAACUAAAA